UUAGUAUCCUACUGAUCACUAACGUAAACAUACGACCAAGCUACUACAGCGCGACCUAUGUCCAAACACGUUUUAUGAGUAUGUAAUAUUUACGGUGUGAUACACAUGUUUACUCGAUAUUAAGUGAUUAUUAAAUAAAAAUUAAUUUAAAAAAUAUAUAUACACAUAUCGAAUUAUAUUAAUUCCGGAAUUAAAUUGAGAAAAUAAUUAAAUCGUACCAUGAACAACAGAACCUUUCUCGACGUUGAUGAUUCAAUAAUAACUAAAAACUUAAUACUACCAGAAACUGCGGCCCAGGACAAUUUAUUGAAACAAAUCGAUACGAAACCUUACUUUAUCAUCCAACCAACUCCUGGAAUAUGUAUAAAAACGAAAACAGACGGAGGAGAGAAGGUUUUUUUAAAUAUAUGCACAUCAGAUAAAAUACCAGCACCUGAAGAUAUAUCAGAUACACAGCUUUUUGAGAUAAUAUCAAAAGAAAAUCCUGAAUUUGUUAUACCCAUGAGUAUUGGCAAUGAAAAAUUUGAGUCUGAUAAAGGGGGUUCCCCUUGUAUAACAUAUGAUGUUGCAAUUAAUGUAACAUAUUUUGAGAAAUGUCAGCAGAGGAAACAUUUCUUAUUAUUCACAAUAUCAGUUAUAAUGGAUGGUGUAGGAAUGAAGAUGAAUAGAGUUUUAAAUUCAGAGGAUUACGUGAUUCUUAAGAAUCGCAAGGUCAUGGGCAAAUUACAACAACACAAAAUCGAAAAUCGUGAAACAAGAAUUCAAUCACAAGCUAAAAGACCACUGAUCGAGGAAAUCAUGUCUUCUAAAACAGAAACUUCUGCGAAAAAAAUUAAUGAGACAAGAGACUCUCCAAUGUUAAAAUAUACAUUAUUGAAACAACCUAUAGAAGGACCAGCAACAAAUUUGAUUGGCUUAUUUGAAAUGCCUAAAGGGAUUAAUGGCGAAGAUGUGGAGGUACUACUAGACGAAGAUCGUAUUGUAAUUACAGUCGAUAAAACUGGACUUACACAUGAUCUAUCAGUUUCCUACAAUAUAAAUGUAGCUAGCGUAAAAUGUCGUCUAGACAAAGAUCUCAAGGUACUCAGACUGGAUAUGCCUGUUCAAAGUGCUGCAAACAGUAUUAAAUAAAUAAUAAAUAGAGAUCAAUCUUGUAAAUAGUUUUAUUGUAACAUUAUUUAUAUUUCGAAACAAAAAGAAGUAAUAUCUUUUGGUUUUUACUAUUUCUUCCUUUUUUUUUUUGAACAAUAAAACUUUAAUGAGCACGAUUA